AUGGCAAGAAGCACUGCUUCAAUAUCAGAUUUAGACCUCAGCUUGACCGGCUCACAUAUUUCAACAGGAAAGCGUCCCAAUUCGGCUGGAAGAGCAAGACCAAACUCUAGCUCUGGAAAGAGACCAGGAACAGCUGACUCUACUGUUCAUAAUGAAAAGCAGAGUGAGACAGAAGAUGGAGCUACUGGUGUUGACAGCGUUAGUGCAGUACAAACUAAGACAACAUUGAAUGAUUUAUUGGCCACCAUUAAAAUGUUAGAAGAACCAGAAAUUUUACCUGAGAAAAAAGAUGUGUCUAAACUAGAAUGGUUGGACAUACUAGACAAGGAUGAUUCUGACAAUUCUGACAGAGGUUUGGAAAAUAAAAAAACUGGCGAAGUUUAUUUAUCAACUGAAAAAUUAGAUCAUUUUAAUCAAUCUGCCAAGCCGUCAAAUCCGAUGUCAAAGUAUGGAAAGAAUGCACUGUUAACAGAAGACAAACUCAGGAGUAUUAUGUCUUUUCUCGAUGAAGUGGAGCAAGCAGAUAAAGACACUGAUGAAGAUGACGACAAGAGUCCUGAUCCAACAAGCAAUCCUGGCUUGAUUGUACCCACAGUUGAAGAGUUAAGCAAGAUGGAACAGGCAUCUGCUGCCGCAUCAGAAGUCACCAACACAGUACUCUCACAAAAGCUUGAACUUGAAGAAAAAGACAGGACAGUUAAAAUGUUGCAAAAAGCACUGAAUCAGCAGCGUGAGCUGACAGUCAGGCAUGCCAAAGAACAAGACAAAGAAAUGAAACAACGACUAAAACUACAAAAAGAAGAAUAUGAAACAGGAAUGAAAAGGCAUUUAUCAUUUAUUGACCAGCUGAUUGAUGACAAGAAAUUGCUUAGUGAGAAGUAUGAUAAAGUGGUACAUGAUUUGAAAGAAGUUGAUAAAAAAUACCAAACAAAGAUGAAACACCAGGAAGAAGAACAUAGCCAAGAACUGAGAAAAAUUAAGGAAGUCCAAGCAGCUGCAGAAAAAAUAAGACGUGAAAAAUGGAUUGAUGAAAAAACCAAGAAAAUCAAGGAAAUCACAGUCAAGGGACUUGAGCCUGAGAUCCAACGAUUAAUUGCUAAACACAAAGCUGAAAUCAAGAAACUCAAGACUAUUCAUGAAGCAGAGCUGUUACAAGGGGAAGAGAGAGCUGGUCAAAAAUACAUCAAGCAUAUUGAGGAGCUUCGUGAUCAGCUGGCUGAAGAAAAAGAAUCAGCUUGUAACAGAGAAAGAGACCAAGCCAAACAACGCUAUGAAAAACAACUGGAACAGGAAGAAUCAGCAUUUCAACAGCAGCGACGCAGACUUUAUGCCGAGAUUCAAGAAGAAAAGGACAGAGUAGCAGAACAAGCGAGGAGACAAAGACAGGAACUUGACAGACUGCAGAUGCAGAUGGAGGAGAAUAAUAGAAAAGCUAUGAAUACAAUGAGACAAGAAUAUGAGAAAAAUAGAGAUGAAAAUGAACACAGACAUAUGGUGGAAGUGAAAGAACUUGAAGAAAGGCUCAAAGUUGAGAAAGAAGCAUGGGAGGAGAACUACAUGAAGAAACAGGAAACCUGGUUACUGGCCAAAGAGAGAGAACUUAAAGAGCAAGUACGGAGAGACAGAGACAAAGAAAUUGAAUUAGUUAUUCAGAGACUGGAAGAUGACAGUGAAUCUGCACGAGAUGAGUGUGAACGUGCUGCAGAAAACAGAAUAAAACGUAUUCGUGACAAGUAUGAAGCAGAACUGAGAGAGAUUGAAAGGUCUGAAAGGAACACACAAGAAAGAUUGAAUGAACUUAAAGCAAGGCUGGGUGAGGUAGAAGGAGAAAAUAUCCGUCUUCAAGGACUCAUGAAUCAAAAAGAACAAGAAGUUGAUGACAUUAAAAAGGAAUGCGACAGAUUGACGCGGGAAAGAAAGAAUGUACAAGAUGUGGUGAGACAGGAAUUUGCUGAUCGGUUGGUAGAGACGGAGGAGGAAAAUAGACGUGUGAAAACUGAGAUGUCUGAGAUGAGGGCUAGGCAUAAAUUGGAAAUUGAUAGGAUACAGAAAGAAAAGGAAGAGGAAAUGGCUGAGGUCCAUAAAAGGGUAAAACAAGCCAUUGUGAAAAAAGAAGAAACUGUCACCCAAUUAAAACAACAACAUACAGCUGCUGUUAAGAGAGCUGAUCAUUUAGAAUCAUUAUUAGAGCAACAAAGAAAACAGUUAAUAAAAAUUAAGAAAUAGACAUUCAUAAAUUAUAAUUUUAUAAAACAGAAUAGGAGCACUCUCAAUUGUGUUUUUGUUAAGAAAGGAUUCUAUAAAAUUUGUUCAUCAUGAUUUCUAGCAAUGAAAUACUGUAAUGGUGAUAUUGGAAAUGC